AUGUCGCAAGAAGAAAUUGAAAAUCUCAAAAGGUUGCUGAAAGAAUCAAAGGCGCGGGAGGAAAAAGAGCGACGCGAGAAGGAGAACGAGCGACGCGAGAAGGAGAACGAGCGACGCGAGAAGGAGAACGAGCGACGCGAGAAGGAGAACACGCGAGAAGGAGAAAGGCGCGAGAAGAGAACGAGCGACUACUUGUACAACUGUCACUUCGACCUGUACCAAAAACUUAGGCUUGCUAGCCCCUCGAAAAGCUCUACUGGUCUUGCAACCUCAGUGAACGGCAAAUACUAUCCGAAAUUCCUCUACCCCUGGCGAGCCUUUGCCGACAACCAGCGACAAGAACACUUCAACGACAUUGUCCGCAUCUGCGGCGACAGGCGGCUUUUCCAGCUAGAGAGCACAACAAGAGAGAAUGGAAUGAGCUUCGAGCGUAAGAAAGCCGGUUAUGAAAAUGCCAUCGACCACUUUGAAAAAUUAGCCGUCGAAGACCCUACGUGGAAUAUUUUGGAACCCCUUUGGACCGAUGAGCGGUUGCGCCAGAAGUACCAAACUACGGAUAUAUCCUUCACUAAUGGUAUUCGCAACUUUAACGACCUCAAUGAAGAUCUCGAAACUAGGGUCAGAACUGAGAGGAAAAAGCAGCAGCCUGACGGUGGUGGCAUCCGAACAGACAUAGACGGGAACGAGAGCGCGGCCUUCAUGUAUGAUUAUAAGGCUGCGCACAAGUUUGCCGUAGAGCAUCUCGAGGCGGCUCUUGCAAAAGAGACGCUCUUCAUGGAUGUCCACAAGCGGAUACAGGCUGAGCAGUACAGAACGGACUCGACAGUGCGAGAGAGAGAAGAGGCGCGGAUUGCCAUGGCACUAAUACAAGUCUUCAAUUAUAUGUUUUGGUAUGGGGUCAGGUACGGCUAUGUCGCCGCCGGGAAAUCCUUGGUGCUACUUUACUACGACCGAGCAGAACCACUUGUCUUACGCUGGCAUCUUUGUGUACCAGACAAGGCGGUGACUCGAGCAACAGCCGAGCUCCGGGUCGAUCAAGUGUCUCACACUGCGGUCGCUCAGCUUGCUAGCUUUUGUCUCUUGAGCCUCCGCUCUCCGGCGCUUACGGGCCGUCCAUUCCGGGAGGCAGUGAAUCGGGCGGAGUCUGUUCUGAAGAAAUGGAAAAAAGAGGAUUACACGGACCCGGUAACUCCUCCAGCGCAAGAUGACACAGAUUCAUCGUCGGCUCCACCCUCGAGGGGCACGGACGGAUCAUUUAACUGUGAUGCAUCCCCAGUGACGCGGAAAUACCCAUUGCGGUCGUGCAAGGAUUUUGCGCCGCUUCCCGAACGACACGACGAUGACCACGACGAUGACCACGACGAUGACCACGAUGACGAAGCGGCGGAUAAACAAUAUCAAAGCGGGACAGGAUCCGGGCUCAACUGGCGAGAGAAAGGCUCCAGCAGAAAGGGUGGUGAUGAUGGCCCUGAAGGCUCUGCUACGGCUCCCACACGACAAUAUUGCACACAAGCUUGCCUUCUUAGCCUCAAGCUGGGCCGCACACUGGAUAGCAGGUGCCCUAACGUGCUCUCCCAUUGUGUUCGCGGCGGCGCACAGCACCCGAUCAACGCUAAGGAGUUUACCGAGUUAGUGCGCGAGCAGCUGCGUCAGGACCCGUACCAGGGUUGCGAUGCGCUCAUCGGCCGGGGCAAAGUCGGGUCAAGCGGAGUGCUGUUCAGACUGGAGCUAGCACAGUUCGGUUACACUUUUGUCGGCAAGGGCAGCGUGUCUAAGCGCCCAAGGCGCUUAGAACACGAGUGUACCGUCUAUCAACGACUUGACAAGCUUCAGGGUGAAGUAGUGCCGGUGCAUCUAGGCAUGGUCUCGUUCGAUCCUGGCUACCUCUUACCUGGUGGUGCAUCCGUGGUCCACAUGAUGCUGAUGUCAUGGGCUGGAGAGGUGGCGACGGAGGCUGCAACGCCGAACCUGCAAGGCGAGGUGCAGCGUUCGAUAAAAACGCUCUAUGAGAAUGGGGUGGACCAUCAAGACGAACGAGGACCUAAUUUGCUCUGGAACGCUGAGCAAGGUCGCGUAAUGGUGAUCGAUUUUGAUCGCGCAGCCCUGCUCCGACCACCUCAACACAAGCUAUUGUCUAAACUUUCUAAAACGGGGAGAAAACGAAGAGGAGACGAGCUGAGAAACCAUACCGAAAAGCGGAGUCUGCUGAGAAGCGCUCUACAGUCUGUACGGUAA